AGUCAAAAACACGCCCCGGCCUAGCAGUGAGAGGUUUGGCUUUAACAGUGAAGAGCUGCGGGGGCGUCUAUUAAGUCUGGACUAAAUAAUUAUAAAUUCAGCCGAUUACAUUUGAAGAGGAGCACUGUUCUUCGAAGUCCAGUAAGAAUCUAACACAAAACUCACGUGAAAAUGAAAUCUAUUUUCUCUGGCAUAGGCCUUUUUUCAUUUCUACUGGCUGUAAGUUUAGCGGAGGUAAGUUAAGAUGAUUUGUUUUUAUAGUGAUUUUUUUUUCCACACUUGCGAAUCUAUGCAUUUUUUCUGUUCUCCCUUCUUGUUUUCUUAAGUCAAUGUACGCGUUGUGGUUGUCGAUGAUGCCAGAGAUAGUUUUAUUCAUUUCACAGUACCCCAGUAUAACCAAAUGCUUUUUUGGGCGUUGAAUCGUACUGUAAUAUAACUUCCACUCUGGUCAUCUUAUAAAUAGAGAAUUGAGAUAUAUAAAAAAGAGUUAUCCAUGAAUUAGCCUCAACUGUUAUAGAAAUACGCAGAGCAAAAAUAACUUUAGUAUGGGCCUCUUUUCAGGCUUCGACUGAUUUGCCCACAGCAAUAACGAAUUACGAUAUUUAUAAACUAUAUGAUAAAAAUUUGAAACGUUCCAAGGAAUGCUUUAGUGUUCUGAUAUCUAAUCAUUGAAAAUGAAAUCAAAAAUUACCAAAACAGGCACUACCAGUGACUGAUAACGUGUGCUUUGUUGAAACUACAGACAAGGCGUAUGCACUGAGAGAUAAAUUAAGGUAUAUUUUUGAAUAUGUGGUUUUGAAUUGCGGUCUAAAUUUAUUUCGAUUCAUGGCUGUUAUCAAUGCGUUUUAAAUUGUAACCAUCAAAGUAAAACUAUUUAAGUAAACCUUUUUUGUCGUCAGAAAUCCCAUCACUGACUUAUAUUUUUGUAUUGUCUGAGGAAGAAAAAUUAUUGUAUAGUGUGUGUUUAGCCAAAAUGGACAUUUCGUAAGGCUGAGGGCAAAUCCAAAUUAAGGGAAACUAUUAAACUGAUCAAAACGUGUCCAGUUUGACAGCUGCAAUUUCAUUGAAACUUCAUAGAGGAAAUUUUAAUUUAGGAAACCUUAAGGCGAUGACAAGAUAAUGUAUGUUUGAGAGAGACUGUAGAAAGACUUGCCCACCGAGAGAUUUCUAAGCUGUGUAUUCAGGAACUGAAAAAAAAAGGAAGAAAAAACAGGAAGUUUAACAAAUUUGAUACUUGAUUUUAAUUUUUGGAGGUUGCACAUUUGCUUCUCUACGGGGUGUAACUGAUGUGGGCAAGUAAAUGAUAUUUUGAACAGAAAGAAAUUAAGGAAGAAAAGUUAAGAUUGUUUUUCAAUCUACAGCUAUCUGCUUUGUUAUCGCGGUAAUUCAGUGUUCGUCGCGAUGUCGGGGCUCUUGUGAUAUAACUCACACCUUGCUCGAAAAUGAAUAUCUUUCUGAAUUUUCUACUAAGUAAAUUUUACUCUAUUAUCUUUCUAUAUAAAUAAGUCAAUCAAUGCUGUUUACUUGACCUAAUUCAUGUCGUAUUUGGCUAAAAACUAACUCCAGCUAAUAGACCUUUAUGAGGAAAUUCUACAACAAAAGAAAGUCAAAUCUCCUAUAUGCAGGUUUAAACUGAGGUCCUUUGGUAUCAGAAUUUAAGAAUAGGAAGUGAAAGUUUGUAAAAAAUAUUCAUGUACCACUUAGCUUUCACAAUGACUGUUUUUCUUAAAACUUAAGGCAAACGUCUUUGUGCACCGCAAGUUUACUUUCACACAAUUGUUUCAUUUAAAGUGGUUUCCUAUGCUUGCUAUGCGUGGGAUGUGUUCUUAGAACUUUUUUUAAUCUGACAUGUACUGUGCAGGUGCUUACAAUACGGGAAAUUAAAAUGACCUUACAUAACUGAAAAUUUUAAACAAUAUCACAAAAUAAUAUUUUUAAAUCAAGCUUUCUGAUUGAUCACAACUGGACAAAAGCAUGCCUAACGGUAUUUUUCUACUUCAUUGUUUCGUGCAGGAACUAAGAUUAUCAAUAAACUCUAACCGCGUUGUAUUUUAGGAAAUUACAAAUAAGCGACGCUAAUUCACUCAGUACUUUCAUGUUAAAAAUAAAACGUUUUAUUCUUUUUAACAUAUAAGCUAAAGACGUUGGAAACAAUAGCCCAAACUGCAGUGUGAUUCACUGUUUUAGACUAUUGUUUUCUGAAUGGGACAUGUUACACUCUUUUUCAGUAUACAACCCUUUUAGUUAAGAAUGACUUUGAAUAAAAUUUGUAUGUCACUAAGAAUGACGCAAGCUUAUCACUUCCAUUUUCCUCACCUAUUUUGCAUCGAAGCAAUGAACUGGAUAUGGGGAGAAAAAAAGUUCUAUCGAAUUACAAAUCUGAUAUGUGUAAACAGAGAAUGUAUAGAACAACUUCUUUUGGCGUCCGGGGUAGAGUUUCGUUCUAAAAUAUGAAUUAAACCAAGAGCCCUGAUUCCUGAUUAAAUAGGAAUAAAUCUGUUAAAUAAGAAUAUUGCUAAUGACAUAAAAAAACUACAAUCCGUGUCUCUUUUUUUUUUCUCCGGGAACUCUAAUUUUUCCGGCCCCUCCUCAAAAGCAAAAUUUCCAAUUUUAAUUUUUUUUUGGCUUGGAUGCACGCGAUCCCUAGGUUAAAAAAAAAUUACAUUUACAUUUUUUAACUCUGCGUUAAAGAAAUCAGGUGUUUUUACUUCUUCUAUUUAUAAAACAAAAAUAGGAGACUAUUUUAAUUGUUUUCCGCGUUCACCACUUUGAUGAUUUCAGUCGGUGACCUGGAAACCAGCUUCCGGCACUUAACGUUCUCUGGCAUCGUCUGGACAACCAGCGCAUUUCUGAUUGGUCGCCAGUAUCUAGUGGCAACUAAUAACCAAUCAUAGAUGCUGCUUAUUACAGAUGUAAAGGUCUUUAUAGGCGAAUUACUCGUGACAUUGUUUUCCGCUUGACAUACGGAUUUACCGCCUAUACACGUGGCGGUUUUUAGCACUGGAGUAUUUACAAUAAAUGGCAAAAACUCUAGCAAGCAAUACAACCUUUGUCAAAUUUCGAUUUUUUUAAAAUAGAUUUUUUCCAAAAAACCUCUAGCAUCUGGAAUGAACUAGUUUUCCUUGAAAGCUAAUGUAGCAAUGACUUUGUCCCCCAUUUGUAUUUUAUGCCUAGAUUAAAAUACAUGUUGACUGUGCGUUUUCCCCUUUGCUUGCUAGAUAACUUCAAUUGAUUAUUCUGCUAGAACGCGACGUGUUCUUGCGAAAGCUUCUGAUGAUCGUCCAGCCAUGGAUACAUUAGAACUUCCUCAGCCCUUGCAGGUAAACCUGUUUUAUUAUGAACAUAUCCAGUGCGUUCACACUAAGAAAAGGGGCAGUGUCCGAGAAGAUUUAGCAAAGAUAACAGAGUUAAAAAAAGAUACCUAAAAUUAAACUACUAAAAAGUGUUUCAAUGGGUAGGAAAGAAGUGUUCUAAGUUAACCUUGAAAACGUUUGGACGAUCUUGACAGUGUUAUUGAAAACAUUAAAAACCAUUAACUACGGUUUGCUAAUACCCUGAAAAACAAAUUCUUUCUCUUAUUUAAUGGUACGUUGGUUUUGCUUCAAAAAUGAAAAUAUACCUUUACAAUUUGCAAUUCUAGUGUAUUUUUAAGUGUCCCUUUGAUCAACCGAUGUGCCGUUUUUAGGUUUGUUUUAAGUUUGUGGUCUAACAAAAUAAUUAAAUUAACGCUUCCUGACUAUUUUGGAGAAAAACAUUAAUUUGCAUCCAAAAGAGGCAACAUAUUCGCCGAACGAUACAUCCGUUACAUUUUAUUUUAAAUGUUCAUGUCAGUAACUCAAAUGGAAUAGAAGUCUCUGGCAAUUUUUCCUUAAGUACUUGCCUUUAAAUUGUGCAAGUUCGGAUGUAACUUAAUUUACGUCGGUUUCAUCUGGCUACGGAUUUAUUUCCGUGGUUAUAGUUGAAUUUGUAGUUGAAUGCGUUGGCUAGCUAAAUGACCUCUUUGGAGUUUAGUUCAUAGCUUAUAGGUCAGUGAUUGAUUACUAUCCAGAACUUUCGAUCUCUAUUUUAGCUAAGUUUGAUAAUCCUUUUUACUGUCUACGUGACCCAUUAUAUCCUAUUCGCCAGGAAAUAUUUUAAAAAAUAUAAAUACAUUUUACAGUUGUAUCGUUUUAGAGAAAACAAUUCAGUUUUGAUGGAUAUGCUUUAAGGCCAGCUGUCUGCAUUUCACAAAAUAGAUAACAUUAACGUUUUCACCAAUUUGUUUACAUAUUGUGCUUUGUUGGUUACUUUUACAAGAUAAUCAUGGAGCCAUGUCAGUUAAUGCUGCUCUUUAACAGAUGUGUUUGCAUAGCAGACACUAUGCUUCGGCCUUGCCUUAAUUCUCCGCAGGCAUCUCCUUUCGUAACUGUUACACUGACUGUAAGGAGUCUGAGAAAGAAAAAAGUGAAAGGUUUGACCAGAAUGGAUACCUUAAUCAGGGGCACCCAACGUCAAUUUUUGGAAUAUAUCUGUUCGGAAGACGAUUUGAGAUCUAGAAUUUUUGGAACAUUUGUGGUAAAAUUUCGUGCUUGCCUGCUUCUCUUAAGAUUUUCGCACAUCUAAAAAAAGGUAUAAUUGCCCAUUUUUAACUGAAUUUCACCCCAAAAAGGUCACCUAGAAUUUUUGGGAGCAUUUUUUCUGGCUGAAAUUUUUGAAAAGGUAAGUUUUGAUCCCUAUGAUUUUCGGAUCACAAGACUUUCAGCUAGGAAACCCGAACAGAUGAAAAAUUUUUAGGGGAUAAAAAUCAUGCCCCGUUCUCCCAACUAUUCUCAAAAACAAGACAGUGAUGCCUGCUGCUGAGGGGGCUACAAUCUUGGACAGAAUAAAAUGGAACAGCAAACUUCCAUCCCCCCCCUUUCCCUGCCCCAUUCUCCCCCCCAAAUCAAGGAUGAAGCCGAGCAAAAGCCAAAACGCGCCAUUUUCCCGUCCUUGAUUUGGCGGGGAGAGGGGGUGGGGAGAGGGUACAAAUUUGUCUAAGACUGUAGUUGAGGUCAUCGAAGAGAAAUCUUUGCGGCAAUACAUUAUCUUCAUUACUAUAGUCCCCCUUUUUGGGAUAUGUCCAAGUUUGCACGCAGUAGCAAAAAUUACGAAAAAUUGGAGAAAUCGCAGUUUUUUCUAAUAUUACUGACAGGUGGUAAAGACUAAAGAAGGUAGAAGGGUGCCCAGUCAAAACUGCGAUUUCUGCGAUUUCUCCAAAAAUUGCAAAAAAAGAACUGGAGAAAUUUCAGUUUUUGCAGCUAAAAUUACUAAAUUCAAGUUGUAAACGUGAAGGAGGUUGAAGGGUGCCCAGCAAAAACUGCGAUUUCUCCAAAAAUUGCGAAAAAUUGGAGAAAUGGCAGUUUUUGUAGUUAAAAUUACUAAAUUCAAGUUGUAAAAUAUUUCAUUUUUUCAGAAAUUUGGAAAAUGCUGGAAUCAUAGUGAUUGCAGUCCAAAGGAGUGCUGUGCAGGAGUGGACCCAGAUACCAUGGGAGCCUGCGUUCAUCAACCACAGCUGUAUGAAGUCUGCAGUCCCCGCAUAGCAGUAAAAAUGACUUAUACUCUUUUGUAUUUCUUUUGAGCCAUUUACAUACAUGGUCGAGAAUUAAUACUGCAAUUUGCCUUAUGACGUUUCACUGCCAAACGUGGCCAAAGGCAAAUUUCGACCAAAUUUCCAAAUUUCAUUCUCUAAAAUUUUGAGAAAUAAAUAGCAUCAUGUGAAAGUACAGGUAGAGAGCUUUCAUUUGAAUGGUCACAUCAUAGGAUUUUGUCCGCAGACUCAAAAGUUAGAGCCACCUUACAAAACUCCACCAAGUGCUCUGGCAGUGAAAGGGUUAAACCGUUUCAUGACUUCUUGUAUUAAACCAGGCGUUUCCGGAAAGAGCGGCCGGGUUAGACGUGACCGAAUCGCCGUCGUAAAAAUAAUGAGGCCUCGAUCAAAUAGCGGGCAGAGAUUGCUUUGGGGCUACUAAUAAACGCCUUGAAACAAGAAAUAGGCAAUCAGGGAGCGCGCAGAGCUAUAUUCCCUUGUACUGCGUAAACUAAAUACUUGUUAAUUUUUCUUUCCACAGCCUGGUUCCAAGAUUUGCCCUUGUCGGGUAGGCCUGACAUGUUCAACGCGAAAAAGGCGUUGCGUUUACAUUACUCCAGACCCGGAUGAGGUAGAAGAAUCUCUUUUAAGAGACGACAGUGAAGGGAAUUAAUUCACUAGAAAAAAUGUAGACAAUAAAAUUAAUUUAAUGCAAAGCCGGCGAAACUUACUUUAUGUGUAAAUUUUUAUUUAAGUAAAACACAUGAACUUGAGUAAAACACAUAAAAACAGGGUUCAAGAUCGUGUUACCUUAUUUCUUAAUAACUGACGCAAAAUGUCCUCUGACCAAUUUAAUCUAGUGGCUGAGAGAUGGCCGGCUGAUGAAUUUCAUUUCUUUUCAUUUUAUUUUUUCCAUUCCAUCAUAAAUAGUACUAGAUAAAUCACAGACAAACGUUAGAGCUCGAGU